AGGGCACAGUGUGGCAGCAGGAUGAGGCCCAUGAGGAUAAUGGAAGUGAGACUCUCUGACGGCACUCCGGAGAGGAAACUGGCCUGUCCCCCUAGCAUCCCCACCACACACACUUCUGCUGCCUGGGCCUAUCUGAUUGGUUCCUGGGGGGGAUGUGGUAAGGACUGCUCACGCAGAGUGCCCGGUGCCUGUUUCCCCAGAGCCGUCUGGUGACAGCCUCUGGCUGAGCAUGGCCCUCCCAGCCCUGGGCCUGGAAUCCUGGAGCCUCCUGGACAUUUUCCUCUUCCAGCUGCUCCUGCUGCUGUUGCCACCGUCGAUGACUGUGGUGGGUGAUGGGCAGGGGCCCAUACCCAGGGUCAAAUACCAUGCAGGGGAUGGACGCAGAGCUCUUAGCCUCUUCCACCAGAAGGGCCUCCAGGAUUUUGACACUCUGCUCUUGAGUGGUGAUGAAGGCACUCUCUAUGUGGGGGUUCGAGAGGCCAUUCUGGCCUUGGAUAUCCAGGAUCCAGGGGUACCAAGGCUGAAGAACAUGAUACCCUGGCCAGCCAGUGACAGAAAAAAGAGUGAAUGUGCCUUUAAGAAGAAGAGCAAUGAGACACAGUGUUUCAACUUUAUUCGUGUCCUGGUCUCCUUCAACGCCACCCAUCUCUAUGCCUGCGGCACCUUCGCCUUCAGCCCUGCUUGUACCUUCAUUGAACUUCAAGAUUCCAACCUGUUGCCCAUCUCAGAGGACAAGGUUGUGGAGGGGAAAGGCCAGAGCCCCUUCGACCCUGCCCAUAAGCACACAGCUGUCUUGGCAGAUGGGACGCUCUAUUCCGGCACCAUGAACAACUUCCUGGGCAGUGAGCCCAUCCUGCUGCGCACGCUGGGAUCUCAGCCAGUCCUCAAGACGGACAUUUUCCUCCAAUGGCUGCAAUCGGACGCCUCCUUCGUGGCAUCCAUCCCUUCAACCCAGGUUGUCUACUUCUUCUUCGAGGAGACAGCCAGCGAGUUUGAGUUCUUUGAGAAGCUCCAUACCUCCCGGGUGGCCAGAAUCUGCAAGAAUGACAUGGGCGGGGAAAAGCUGCUGCAGAAGAAGUGGACCACCUUCCUGAAGGCCCAGCUGCUCUGCGCCCAGCCGGGGCAGCUGCCCUUCAACGUCAUCCGCCACGCUGUCCUGCUGGCAGACAAUUCCUCCAACGAUCCCCAUGUCUACGCAGUCUUCACCUCUCAGUGGCAGGUCGUUGGGACCAGGAGCUCUGCUGUCUGUGCUUUUUCUCUCAAGGACAUCCAGCGUGUCUUUGAGGGGAAGUACAAGGAAUUGAACAAAGAGACUUCACGCUGGACGACUUAUGGGUUCUCUGAUAUCAGCCCCCGGCCAGGCAGCUGCUCGGAGGGCCCCUCCUCUGAUAAAGCCUUGACCUUCAUGAAGGACCAUUUCCUAAUGGAUGAGCCAGUGGUGGGGACACCCCUGCUGGUGAAGUCUGGUGUGGAGUACACACGACUUGUGGUGGAGACAGCCCAGGGCGUCCAUGGGCACAGCCAUCUGGUCAUGUAUCUGGGCACCAGCACAGGGUCCCUCCACAAGGCUGUGGUAAGUGGGGACAACAGCGCUUAUCUGGUGGAGGAGAUCCAGCUGUUCCCUGCCCCUGAACCCGUUCGCAACCUGCAGCUGGCCCCCACCCAGGGCGCAGUGUUUGCAGGCUUCUCAGGAGGCAUCUGGAGGAUUCCCCGAGCCAACUGUAGUGUCUACGAGAGCUGUGUGGACUGUGUCCUUGCCCGGGACCCCCAUUGUGCCUGGGACCCUGAGUCCCGAAUCUGCCGCCUCCUGCCCACCCCUAUCCCGAAGUCCUGGAAACAGGACAUGCAGCAAGGGAACCCAGGGUGGGCAUGUGCCAGUGGCCCCAUGGGCAGGAGCCGCUUGCCUCAGAGUCGCCCCCAGAUCAUUAAAGAAGUCCUAGCUGUCCCCAACUCCAUCCUGGAACUCCCCUGCCCCCAUCUCUCAGCUCUGGCCUCUUACCACUGGAGUCAUGGGACAGCAACAAUCCCAGAUGCAUCUUCCGCAGUCUACCGUGGCUCCCUCUUGCUGCUACUGCGAGAUGGGGCAUGGGGGCUCUAUCAGUGCUGGGCCACUGAGAAUGACUUCUCAUACCCUGUGGUCUCCUACUGGGUGGACAGUCAGGACCAGCCCCUGGCCCUGGAUCCUGAACUGGCGGGCAUUCCCCGGGAGCGUGUGGAGGCCCCGCUGACCAGGGUCGGUGGCGGGGCUGCCCUGGCUGCCCAGCGGUCCUACUGGCCCCACUUCCUCACUGUCACUGUACUCCUUGCCUUAGUGCUUUCAGGAGCCCUCAUCAUCCUCCUCGCCUCCCCACUGGGGGCACUCCGAGCCCGGGGCAAGGUCCAAGGCUGUGGGACCUUGAACUCCAGGGAGAAAGCCCCAUUAAGCAGGGAGCAGUGCCUCCAACCCCCCAAGGAAUGCAGGACCUCUGCCGGUGAUGUGGACAUCGACAACAACCUCCAGGGCACUGAGGUGGCUUAAACUCUGGGUACAGGCUGCGGCUUGUUGAGUAGGGCAGGGUGCCUGGCGAAGAUGGCUGGAGGGACCUAGAGCAGUGCAGCCCUGACUGGGGUGGGAAUAGCGCAAAAGACCACCUUUCUCCCAUAAGAGGAGCAUCUCCUGACACUCUGUGCCACCGAGAGCACUCGGUGGGGCCGGGCACAGCCGCCUGACUCCUCUAUGGGACUCCCUUCUACCAAGCACGUGGUUUCUUUAACGGGGGCUGCCGCAGACCCGGACCUCCGCUGUGAUAGGAGGACUUGGCGAGACUCCUUCAGUUCUGGCCAUUCCAGGACCCUCCAGAAACCUAUUGCUGCAGGAGACCCUAAAACACCAAGCAUCUAAGCCACUGUAAGAUAGCACACGCUCCUGGAGACUCCACUCUGAAAGCAGCUGCCACCUCGGACACCAACUCUCCCCUCUACCAGGGGUCCCAGGACUCUGCAGGGAGAGGCUCCCUCCUGCUCCUCUUAUCAACACAACUGUGAGCCGGGGAGGUCUUUCCUGAAGUCUGACCUCCUUCCUUCCUGCUUCAGUUGGGGCUGAUUUGCUCCGUUCCAGCCUGGCUAGAAUGGCAGGGGUGAUCUGAGCCUUGUUCAUACUUUUUUCCCCGGCUGCCCCCUUGACCUCUCUCCUCUCCUUUUGUUUUGGGAUUCAAAAACUGCUUGCAACAGACAGUUUAUUUUUUAUUAAAAAGACAAAGCUUAGAA